GCCCCUCCUCCUACCGGGCCCUCCGCAGCGCUGUGUCCAGCCUGGCGCGCGUGGACGAUUUCCACUGCGCGGAGAAGAUCGGGGCCGGCUUCUUCUCUGAGGUCUACAAGGUCCGGCACCGACAGUCAGGGCAAAUCAUGGUGCUGAAGAUGAACAGGCUCCCCAGUAACCGGGGAAACACGCUACGGGAGGUGCAGCUGAUGAACCGGCUCCGGCAUCCCAACAUCCUUAGGUUCAUGGGGGUCUGUGUGCACCAGGGGCAAUUGCACGCUCUCACAGAGUACAUGAAUGGGGGGACCCUAGAACAGCUGCUCAGCUCCCCCGAGCCUCUAUCCUGGACUAUCAGACUCCACCUGGCUCUGGACAUUGCCCGUGGCUUGCGGUACCUGCAUGACAAAGGUAUAUUCCACCGAGACCUCACAUCCAAGAACUGUCUGGUCCGACGGGAAGACCGAGGCUUCACAGCUGUUGUGGGUGACUUCGGGCUGGCAGAAAAGAUUCCUGUGUAUAGGGAAGGAGCAAGGAAGGAGCCGUUGGCCGUGGUGGGUUCCCCAUACUGGAUGGCUCCAGAGGUAUUGCGGGGUGAGCUGUAUGAUGAGAAGGCUGAUGUAUUUGCCUUUGGCAUUGUCCUCUGUGAGCUCAUCGCCCGAGUACCUGCAGAUCCUGACUAUCUACCCCGUACUGAGGACUUUGGCCUGGAUGUGCCAGCUUUCCGAACCCUAGUGGGCGAUGACUGCCCACUGCCCUUCCUGCUCCUGGCCAUCCAUUGCUGCAGUAUGGAACCUGGUGCCCGUGCCCCCUUCACUGAAAUCACCCAACACCUGGAAUGGAUCCUGGAGCAGAUGCCUGAGCCAGCCCUCCUCACCAAGGCUCCCCUGACACAUAAUCAGGGGUCUCUUCCAAGAUGGGGUCCCUCUGCCACACUUCCCCGGCCAGACCCCCGGCUCUCCCGAAGCCGGUCAGACCUCUUCCUGCCCCCAUCACCAGGAUCACCCCCCAACUGGGGGGACAAUCUGACUCGAGUCAACCCUUUUUCACUACGGGAAGACCUCAGAGGAGGCAAGAUCAAGCUCCUGGACACACCCAGCAAGCCAGUCGCCCCCCUGCCCCUUGUACCACCAUCACCACUGUCCUCUACCCACCUGCCCUUGGUGACCACUCCAGAGACCCUGGUCCAGCCCGGGACACCUGUCCGCCGCUGCCGCUCCCUACCCUCAUCUCCUGAGCUUCCUCGACGUAUGGAGACAGCACUGCCAGGUUCUGGCCCUCCCCCCGUGGGCCCCUCAGCUGAAGAGAGGAUGGAAUGUGAGGGCAGCAGCCCUGAGCCAGAACCCCCAGGACCAGCUCCCCAGCUGCCCCUGGCUGUGGCCACAGACAACUUCAUCAGCACUUGUUCCUCUGCCCAACCCUGGUCCUCCCAAUCAGGACCUCCCCUCAACAACAACCCCCCAGCUGUGGUAGUAAACUCCCCACAAGGCUGGGCUGGGGAGCCCUGGAACAGGGCUCAGCAUAGCCUGCCCCGGGCGGCAGCUCUGGAGCGGACAGAACCCUCGCCGCCCCCUUCAGUUCCCCGGGAGACUGAUGAGGGGCUGCCCUGUCCUGGCUGCUGCCUUGGCCCCUUCAGCUUUAGCUUCCUGUCCAUGUGCCCCCGCCCCACACCAGCUGUUGCCCGCUACCGCAACCUGAACUGUGAGGCAGGCAGUCUCCUUUGCCACCGAGGGCACCACGCCAAGCCACCCACUCCCAGUCUGCAGCUGCCUGGGGCACGCUCUUAACAGUGGGGCCUGUGGUCUCAGACCUCCAACUUUGGCCUUCAGGACACCCUGUGAGGACAGAGCGCAAAUGCUGGACAGCGUCAGUCCCAGAUGGGCUGACCAGCCCUUCUCCCCAUAUAG